AAUAUUCGGUGCAAUGUGAUAUCAGUAUAAACCUUGUGUUUAUUAUUCUUGUCGAAUGUAAAGGACAUUUAAAUGCUAUUCAUGUCGCAAUUAACGUAGCACAGGAACAAAGGAAUAUAAGUUGUAUAUAAACGGAUUCAUAAAUAUUAACUGUACUGGUUUGCAAUAAUUGUUUCAAACGAAAGCGGAAAACAGGCCUGCGUGAAAGUUUCAAAGUAUACAAUGGCGGAUAACGACUGUUUCCUUGUCGCUGCUUUUGACUUUGGGACAACAUACAGUGGUUACGCAUUUUCAUUUCGUGAUCGACCGUUAAGUAUCAAAACAAACUCCGGGUGGAAUGCAGGCUCACAGAGGCUGAUUUCGCAAAAGACGCCGACUUGUGUUUUAGUGAAUCCGGAGAAAGAAUUUGAUUCGUUUGGUUUUGACGCCGAAAAUAAGUUUGCAGACCUUGCAGAGGACGACAGGCACAAAGAAUGGCUACUUUUUAGACAUUUUAAGAUGUCACUACACAAAAGCCAGGACUUUUCAAUGGACAUAACUGUUGACGAUAUAAACGGACGAGCAAUGUCGGCACUAACCAUCUUUUCAAUGUCUAUGCGGUAUCUACGUGAGCACCUACUAAAUGCUAUUAACAGUCAGACAAAUGGAGUUUUAGAGACGGACAUUAAAUACGUUAUAACGGUGCCUGCUAUUUGGAGUGAUAUGGCGAAAUAUUUCACGAGAGAGGCAGCCAUUAUGGCUGGUUUCGAUACAAAGCGACUGCAGUUAGCUCUAGAACCGGAGGCUGCAUCAAUAUGGUGUCAGACUGACAGUGACGAGGGAAAAGCGGCUGUAUCUGGAUUUGAAACAAAAUACGCGGUGGUUGAUCUAGGAGGUGGCACUGCAGACAUCACGGUGCAUGAAAUAAAUAAAGAUAAGACGCUGAAAGAAAUACAUAAGGCCAGCGGAGGUCCAUGGGGUGGGAUUUAUGUUGAUGGAAACUUUUUGGAUUGGAUGACAGAUCUGUUCAGCGAAAACACGAUGCAAAGAUUCAAGGAAGAGCAAAUGGCAGAUUAUUUUGAUUUGUUAAGGGAUUUUGAAACUAAAAAGCGGAAUGUAAAUUGUGAAGAGGAAAGUAAAAUUACAUUCAGACUAGCUGCUUCAUUAAUGAAAAUUUACGAAGAGGAAAUCAAAGACGAUUUGCAAGAGAAAAUAUCUAAUGCUGGUCUAAAUGAACAAGUACGAUUUACAGGUGAUAAGCUCCGAGUGGAUGUAUCAAUCGUCAAAAGCUGGUUUGAUAAGCCUAUUAAUAAUUUGAUAAGUCAUUUGCAAGAGAUUUUCCAUGAGAAAAGCAUGAAAACUGUUAGCACUGUUUUGCUUGUCGGUGGUUUCGGAGAAAGCCAACUUGUUCAGAAGAAGAUGCAGGAGCAAUUAAAAACUAAAAGAAUUCUGACGCCGCAUGAGGCCGGAUUGUCAGUGGUAAAAGGAGCUGUGGUGUUUGGUCAGACACCUAAGAAAAUAUCCUCUAGGGUCGUGUUGCAUACAUACGGCUUUAAAGUUCAUGUAGCUUUUAAUAAAAGUAAACAUGCCAGGAAUAAAAUGGUCGUUUUAAAUGGAGAAGAAAGAAUUUAUAUCUUUAAAGCAAUAAAUUCGGCAGGUGAAAACAUGGACGUUGGUGAAAGUAAAAUUAUGAAAAAUAUGCAACCCAACAAGCUAGAUCGUACUGUUGUACAGAUUUAUUCCUCGGACAAAUCAGCUGUUGAAUACGUUACAGAUGAUGGAUGUAAAGAACUUGGAUCAUUACAUGUUGUUCAUCCAGAUGGAAAAACACUUGCAGACAAGAAAUUCGAUUUGAUUUUUAUAUUUGGAGAGACGGAGUUAAUUGUGAAAGCUAGAAUGCAGAAAACUGGACGUGAAUAUAUAACGAACGUUAAUUGGCCUCAAAAAAGUGAAACUAAAAGUCAAUAAGUAAAUGUUAAUAAUAACAGGGUUAUUAUGAUAGAAGCUUGAUCUGGAAUGUUGUUUUCGGCUCUAGACUUUGCCAGGUCGGAUCACACGAGGUGCCUUAAGUAUAUUAUAUAAUAUGUCGUCAUUGAAACAUUUAAAACAGUUAAAAUUAUAUUAGUAAAACAAAUCAAAAAUGUGUGCCACUAAAUGAUAAAGUACCAUCUGUAUUUUCUGUUUAGAGUUUCAUCAUAUAUGUGACACUAUAUAGCGGCAUUAUUACUAAUUUUGCAAUACAAUACGCUAUCUGGAUGAUAUUGUUAAUAUGGAUAAUCCAUUGUUUGCUGCAAUAAUUGAUAUCAUACACCAGCAGCUCCAUUUAAAUAAAACUAAGAAUGCGAA